GCCGCGCGUCCCCUCCCGGCCGCCGUCGCCCGCUGCCCCCGCGGCCGCAGCAUGGCGGGAGCGGCCCCCGGCUCCGGCGGGAGGCGGCGGCUGCGGGACGAUGGGCUGCGGACCUGCACCUCCGCCGAGCAGUCCAAAGUGGAGGACAUCGUGCAGGAGGUCUAUGAUGCCUACAAGACAAACCAUCACUCCUCACAGUACGUCCUGCAGCGAGAGAAGCACUUCCAUUACCUGAAGAGGGGUCUCCGGCAGCUCACUGAAGCCUAUGAGUGUCUGGAUGCCAGCCGCCCCUGGCUCUGCUACUGGAUCCUGCACAGCCUGGAGCUGCUGGAUGAGCCCAUUCCCGAUUCGGUGGCCUCUGAUGUCUGCCAAUUCCUGAAGCGGUGCCAGAGCCCCCAGGGUGGAUUUGGGGGUGGUCCCGGCCAGCACCCCCACCUCGCCCCCACCUACGCCGCCGUCAACGCGCUCUGCAUCAUCGGCACCGAGGAGGCCUUCGGUGUCAUCGACAGGAAGAAGCUCUUGGAAUACCUGUACUCGCUGAAGCAGCCGGAUGGCUCCUUCCUCAUGCACGUGGGUGGAGAGGUGGAUGUCAGGAGCGCCUACUGCGCCGCCUCAGUGGCCUCACUGACCAACAUCCUGACACCUGCACUCUUUGCUGGGACGGCCGAGUGGAUUGCCAGGUGCCAGAACUGGGAGGGUGGGAUCGGCGGCGUGCCAGGCAUGGAGGCCCAUGGCGGCUACACUUUCUGCGGCGUGGCCGCGCUGGUCAUCCUCAAGCAGGAACAUCUGCUGAACCUCCGGAGCCUGCUGCACUGGGUGACUGGGCGGCAGAUGCGCUUUGAGGGCGGAUUCCAGGGCCGCUGCAACAAGCUGGUGGAUGGGUGCUACUCCUUUUGGCAAGCUGGACUCCUGCCCCUGCUCCAUCGGGCACUCCAUGCCAGGGGAGAUCCAGCGCUGAGCAUGGCACACUGGAUGUUCGACCAGCUGGCACUGCAGGAAUACAUUCUCCUGUGCUGCCAGUGCCCAGCCGGUGGGCUGCUGGAUAAGCCAGGAAAAUCCCGGGAUUUCUACCACACCUGCUACUGCCUGAGUGGGUUGGCCAUUGCACAGCACUUUGGAAGUGGAGAUCUCCACAAUGAAGUGGUCCUGGGUAUCCCUGAGAAUUGCCUGCAGGCCACGCACCCUGUCUACAACAUUGCCCCGGAGAAGGUGGCGAGGGCGGUGAUGCACUUCCUGCAGUAUCCCGUGCCCAGCCUGGAUCCAGCAUCCGCUGCCCAGUAGGGGGGUCCUGCUGCUGGCUCGGGGUGCCGAGCCCCGGGAGCAAGCGGCACGGCACAGCCCAUCCCAUCCCAUCCCCACGGCGGCCUGGCCAGGCAGAGCACGGUGCUCAGG